AUGGGCAAGAGCCUGGCCAUGGUCAUAUUGUUGGCCGCCCUAAUUAGCAGUUGGCCUCUGGCCAGUGAGGGGGCUACGAGCAACAAUAUGAACAACAUGAACAACUACGAAAACAACACAAUCAACAGCAACAACAAUUAUGGCAACAAUUCCAGUAAUUAUCCAUUCACAACCGACCAACAUGCGAAUGAUUCGAUGGACUACGAUCCGGAUAGCUGGCCCUUGGAGCGCAUCGUAUCCACCAUAGUGCCCGUCUUUUUUGGCAUUAUUGGUUUCGCCGGACUCCUCGGCAAUGGCCUGGUCAUACUGGUUGUGGUUGCCAACCAACAGAUGCGCUCGACCACCAACCUGCUGAUUAUCAACCUGGCCGUCUCGGACAUCCUAUUCGUCAUCUUCUGCGUGCCGUUCACGGCCACCGACUACGUGCUGCCCGAGUGGCCGUUUGGUAAUAUGUGGUGCAAGUUUGUCCAGUACAUGAUUGUGGUUACGUGCCACUGCAGUGUUUACACGCUGGUGCUGAUGUCCUUUGAUCGCUUCCUGGCCGUUGUACAUCCAGUGACGAGCAUGUCGCUGCGCACCGAGCGAAAUGCCACGCUAGCCAUCAUGUGUGCCUGGAUAACGAUUGUGACAACAGCGAUUCCCGUCGCUCUAUCGCACUCGGUGCGCAUCUAUCAGUAUCGUGGCAACGCCGGCACUGCCUGCGUCUUCUCCACUGAGGAGGAGGUUUGGAGUCUGGUUGGCUUCCAGGUCUCCUUCUUCUUAUCAUCGUAUGUGGCACCCUUGACGCUGAUUUGCUUCCUCUACAUGGGAAUGUUGGCGCGUCUGUGGAAGAGUGCUCCAGGCUGCAAGCCAUCCGCCGAGUCACGCAAGGGCAAGCGACGCGUCACACGAAUGGUAGUUGUUGUCGUAUUGGCAUUCGCCAUUUGCUGGCUGCCCAUCCAUGUCAUACUGGUUUUGAAGGCACUCAAUCUGUACGGCGGCAGUCACUUGUCGGUAAUCAUCCAGAUCAUAUCGCAUGUGGUGGCCUAUACCAACUCCUGCAUCAAUCCGAUACUCUAUGCCUUUCUCUCCGACAACUUCCGCAAGGCAUUCCGCAAGGUGGUCUGGUGCUGUAGCCCACCGCCGCUUUUGACCAAUCCGCAGGUGACCAAGACCACGCGCACUGCAACCGGCAACGGAACGUCCAAUAUUGAAAUGCUCUAAGCGGCUCUGAAGAAUGAAAUGCAUUGAUGGUCGAUGAGGAGAGAUGGAUGGGUCAACCGAGGAAAUGGAAAUUUGAAUUUAAACUUAACAAAAAUACAAAUUAAUAAG